AUGGCAUCGGUGCAAUCCCUUGGCCUGCACGAACCCCCUGCAUUGCCCUUCCUCAUUGCUGAGGGCCUCCUCCCUCUAGAACCGUCGCAGCAACACUAUACGUGGAUACCGCAAGAACCGGGUCGAGAUGAUGAUGUGGUAUACACGAAGAAUUGCGCCGUCUGGUCGCGAGGGGGUGUUGUGAAGCGCGUCUUCAAGGUGGACAUCGAAAAAGAAGAUAUACGGCAUGUCGUCCUCGCAUCAUUUCCUUCUAUAUGCUCUCAGGACGCCGAUCAGGGUACUCGUCGUGCACCUAUGCCUCAUGUCCAUGCGCUACCUGCAUCAAAACCCCGCGAACGAACGAAAGCCAGCACGGACGAUCUAGAUUCGAUUAUGGGCACGAAUGAAAGCCAGGCUAGGCGAGGACGCCUUAGCAUGUUCAAUGAUCCGUCGAAAGCCUUGGUUGUUAUUCUCAAAACUCAAGCACAUAUCUUUUUUCUAGCCGGAAACAGCCAUGUCAUACCCUUGCCGUUCGAAGUUGAUUCUGUUUUCGCCUCGCCUCGGGGGCUGGUCUUCCAGAGCAGAUUGCUGGACGAAGCAGAGACACUAUCUGUUAUAGCGCCUCCAAACUCCUUCAUGUCGCAACAGUACUUUCCUGAGUCCCAGCUAAAUCAGUCUUUUACGUCUUCCAGGGGCAAAGACGCUCGGCUAUCCGCUACUUUGACAUCUACAACUCCGUCUCGACCGCGGAAAAGGCCCAGAGAACCAGACAUGCCUCGGACGUUUUCGUUGACAGAUCCUCAUGCAGAAAUGGGCUUAGUCGUUUCGAACCAGUCAACCCGUAGUAAUGGAUUCGAUGCUCUGGACCCCGCGGAUGAAAUUCUUUACGUCUCUAGCGCCAAUGAACUACCAGGAGAUAAAUCCGAUGGCCCUCCACUGAUCAUAGUAAUAACGAUGAAUACGAAGACUGGUCUGUACACUAUCUGGACAGCCCGCUAUAAGUUGGAGGCCACCAAUCAGGAGUCGAAGCAACGCAAAAAGCCAGCACAUAGCGGUGCACGCUCAAACAGACGCAGCUCUCACUUUGGAAUGACACCAGGUGCAUCAACACCGGUUGCUCGUCCUUCCGGUAUGAGAGAGAGUCUCGGCACGAAUAGAAAUAUAUCCGGCCCUUCGUUCUCACAAGCACUUCAGGACGACGACAACUCCGAAAAAGCUGAUUUUGCCUCUCAAAUGGGCCAAGAAUUUGCAGAAAUGGGUGGCCCUUCAAAGACCUCACGGCGUAUAAGCUCCUUGUUGGCAAGGGCGGAUCUAGGGACCAGUCAAGAUAGAACAACUUUCUCAGAUCUUGCUACGGGAAACCCCGGAAUGGUAACGAACCACGGUAGCCUACGACAAUCAAUAGGUGCACACAGCAAUCGAGCUAGCUUUGGUCAUAAUUUGAGGGGCUCUCUCGCUGGGAAUGCUUCAGUGUUUAGCGCCGCAAGUGGUUUCCUAGAAGGCCCCGUCGACCGUCUCCUUGAGGAACUCAACAAUGGCGGUGAUUUUGAAGGAUUUGAGAGUAUGGGUCUGACAGGGUCGAUUUCUGAACUGCCGAAAGAGAUGAUGCUACAUAAAAUUGAGAGCUUCUCUUCCGCCGUAUCGAGCGGCAAUCUUUCCUUCUCUGAGUUGAGGACUGCUGAGAAACCCAAGAUAUUUACACUGCGGUCUGAUGAAACACGCCGAGCCAAAGCCAGAAACCCCAUUAACAUCGGGCUCUGCUUGCUUGACAAAAACUCCAAAUCACUCGUCGUUGUGGAUCUCAAAAUUGAGAAUGUGGGCCUUUCCGAUAACGAGGCUAUCUCUUCCCACAGGCAAAGGAAAUCACAAAAGAAAAAGCCGAAUACCCUGGUAGUUCAAGCAACAAGCAUACGACAUGCUCCUAACGUGAUAGAUGCUUGCAAGAUUGUGGAUGGAGAUGUAUCAAGGAUAUUAGCUUUAUCAUCUACCAUAAAUGGCAAAGGAGAGCUGACUUUGCAAUCACCAUGGAGUCCGCCGAUCAAAAUCGACCUUCCAACCAAUCUAACAAUGCAUGCGCCAAGCCGCUUGUCUAUCCUUCAAAGUCGAACACAGGACACAGGUUUGACAAGAACUAUCAACGACCAAGAUUUAAAACUGGUGGGAGUUGGACACUCCUCUUCGCGUGGUAAAGUGGAUUUGUUUGACUCUGAGAAUCGUCGCCACCAUAUUGUGAUCCAGCUUCAAGCUAAAAACCCUUUCGUCAAAAAGGCUUUAGACGUCUGCCGUUUCGUGCUCAGGGACUCUCUUCGCGCUGCCGACGGCCUUUAUACAGCCUGGUUGGAAGUUCUGCGGUGGUUAUACUCUAGAGAGUCGGACGAAACCGAUCUAGAAUGGACCGCGUUCGUUGUUGUGCUCUUUACGAUGGCGGUCGGUUUCAUCGAUUCACAUUCAUCCCGCACUCCCAGUGCAGGGAAACAGAGACGCAAGAAGGGCCUUUUGCGGUCCAGCAGUGGUAGCCACUCCGAUCAGGAGAGCUGGGAAUCCAUGGUAAAAUCAAUGGCGGGGUCUUCCGGGGUCACAUCAUCGUGGAUGAUGAGCAACUCGUGGUCAUGGCUUUCAAGUAUGAACCGCGAUGACGGUGACGAGUCACCUCAGCUGGAGCAGCAACAAUUUAUAAAACCGACCGAUCAAUCGAAAAACUCCUAUGUGAUCCGCUGCGUGGAUCUUGCCCGUGAAUUUUUCGAAAGCCCCCAGGGCGAGUCUGCUUCUGGCUCCGAGGGAUAUCUUCCCACAGCUCUGUGUCAAAGUCAGAAUACACGGCGCAUGGCAUUGUGUAGCAUUCUUGUCGGCCUUCACCUACUGCGAGAAGAGCAAAAGCUUUCCAUUCACGAAAGCGAAAAUUCAUAUAAUGAGACUGGAUUGCUCGCACCGAUUCUGGCUCAGAUCGGUAGAUGGGUGGGAUGGGAAUCAUGGACCUGGAAAGACGAUAGUUACUAUGGCACGGAGAUGGCUACGAUGUCUUGUUGGGAAUUCCAGGACAAUCAAAUAACAAGCUUGGAAAUUCCCUCCGAACCUUUCGUUCCGCCCUCUAUUUUUGACCACCUACAGAACUCGAUUCGCGAAACGCCAAGACGCCCCUUUUUCACUCUCCUUGAUGUUGUCUCUGCCACUGAUCGGAAGCCUGGUAAGGGCAGCUCGUGGAAGGAUGUGUAUAGACUCACCCCCAGGACUCUGGCAAUCAACGGUUACAUAUCUGAAGUAACUCAAACGUCUACUACAGUCGACAAGGUCAAACUAUUCCUCCGCUGGGGGUUGACAAAUAAUGUCAUUGAGACGUUUCCAGAGGGUGUAAGUGCACCGUUGUCCGAAACAAUUGUGCGCUGCCAAAUGGAGCCUCCAGCGUCAUGGACAUCCGCCUUGGCGGAACUCAUUGAUCGAGAUGACCUUCAUCUGUCUAUGGAAACAGAGGCUGUUUCUGUACCAGCUUCGAAGAUGCACCUUACAACAACCCACAACUCUAUCCGUGACGUCCAUCAUAUCGGCGCUAACACUUUGGAGUUUGAACUUGCAAAUUCAUUUGAGGCUUCCGUUGAAGCGGAUCGUAUAGCCAUCACGAGGCUGAUAUUCCGGGAGGACUGGCGAUUUUUGGAAGCGGCGAAGCUUCUCAAUCAGUCCAAGGCACCAGUGGCUCAAUGCACUCCAGAGCCAGAAUGGUCUGAUUCUGACCUCCUUGAAGCGCAAAAAGAGGUUGUCCAGCUAGUGACUUUGAGGACUUUAUCUGUUCCUGCUGGUCGAGCCAUGUUUAUGUUCAGUGGUCGUUCGCCUUUAUUGACCGAAAAGCUACCGAUACCAUCGUUUUCUUUGCAGUGUGUUAUGAAGCCAUCGAACGUGACCAUUAGUGCCGAUAGGUCCGCUUUCAACGAAGAGAAAGUUUGCUGGGCCUUCUUCCAUAACGGGGCUGCCACGGGCCUUGCCAUAUCUCGGGCUUCCCGGGGUAUCGAUACCUCUUGGAUUCUAUAUAACAAACCUCAGGAACUGACCAACAGACAUGCCGGGUUCCUUCUCGCUCUUGGUUUGAACGGACAUCUAAAGAACCUAGCCAAGUGGGUUGCUUUUAAAUACUUGACCCCCAAACAUACAAUGACAUCAAUCGGCCUUUUAUUGGGCUUGUCAGCAUCGUACCUAGGGACGAUGGAUACGCUUAUCGCGCGUUUGCUCUCGGUACAUGUUACACGAAUGUUGCCUCAGGGCGCGGCGGAGUUGAAUCUGUCGCCACUUACGCAGACAGCUGGCGUUAUGGGCAUUGGGCUGUUAUAUUGCAGUUCUCAGCAUCGACGAAUGAGCGAGAUUCUUUUGUCCGAAAUCGAGAAUAUUGAUCAAGACGACGGCUCGAUUUUGCAGGACGACCUGCGCGAUGAGGGUUAUCGACUAGCCGCUGGCUUCGCCCUCGGACUCAUCAAUCUUGGCAAGGGUAAAGACCUUCAGGGGUUACGCGAUAUGCAAGUGGUCGAGCGGCUUCUCACUCUGGCCGUAGGAACGAAGAAUGUGGAUUUGGUUCAUAUUUUGGACAGAGCCACUGCCGGUGCUACGGUUGCUCUCGCGAUCAUCUUUAUGAAAACAAACGAUGAGACAAUUGCCCGUAAAGUCGAUAUCCCGGACACAACAGUACAGUUCGACUAUGUACGGCCAGACUUGUUCCUGCUACGGACAAUGGCUCGACAUAUUAUUAUGUGGGAUUCUAUUGAGCCUAGUUCCAAGUGGCUCCUCCGCAGCAUUCCAGCGGCGUAUAGGAAGCGUUAUAAGCUUACGGAAUUUCGCCGCCUGUCGAGUGAUGAUAUGCCCUUUUUUAACAUAAUUGCCGGUCUCUGCUUUGCACUUGGUCUACGAUAUGCCGGUUCAGGUAAUCCCAAAGCAAAAGACUUAUUGCUGUUAUAUCUCGAUCAAUUUAUUCGCAUUGUUCGACUUCCCGCUUUGCACUACGAUGGCCGGUUGGCGCGCAACUCUGUGCGUCACUGCCAGGAUAUCGUAGCAAUAUCUGCGGCUGCUGUUAUGGCUGGCACUGGAGAUUUGGCUCUUUUUCGCCGAUUACGUUCUCUUCACGGCCGGGUCGAUCCUGAUACCCCUUACGGCAGCCAUAUGGCAGCACACAUGGCUGUUGGGUUGCUCUUCCUAGGCGGCGGGAACUAUACUUUGGGAACUUCCAAUUUAGCGAUUGCAUCGAUGAUGUGUGCUUUCUACCCGAUCUUCCCCAUGUCUGUAUUAGACAACAAAUGCCAUCUCCAGGCUUUCAGGCACCUCUGGGUUUUGGCCGCUGAACCGCGCUGCCUGGUUGCCAGAGAUGUGGAUACAAGACGGCCGAUAUCAACACCUGUUUCUCUCGUCAUGAAAGACGGGUCCACGAAAGAUACCGUCGCACCAUGUUUGCUGCCUGAGUUAGAUGAGCUAGCGAUGGUCAAGGUAAAUGGUCGAGAUCACUGGCCAUUGGUGCUCGAUUUCGGCAGAGACGGACGUCUGCGCGACAAAUUCCGACACGGCGGCCAGUCCAUCUACUUACGACGGAACACAACGUACGAUCCGUCUGGGAGCUCGGUCUUUGCAUCGACACUAUCUGGACUGAGUGAAGCACAAGAUAUUCUUCCAAAUUCGCUGAUAGGAUCAGCCAAGGGACCAAGUCAUCUGCCCAAUGCAGUUGCACUACUUCUCUCCCAGGGCCGGCGCUACAAGACGCCCCAGUACGACCUCUGGGACUGGGUCUUUGCACUAUCUUCGCUACAGGGGCUAGAUGUAACAGAGCGAUCGUCAGUCUUACCGCCAUCAGCUUUCCAGUUCCGACCCCAUCGCGGCAUAGCAAGUCCACCAUGGCUUCGCCUGUCCGCGGUAGAUAGCCGUCUUGUGCUCGAAAGCACGGUGCAGGAUGCCAUUGACUCGGCAUCGGGACUAUGCCCUAGCUCAGACGAAGUAAUAAAGGAUCGUCUUUGGCAACUCCGUCUUCUUUUUGAAUGGCUGGAUCUCGAAAACGAGACAGGACGGCGGAAGGAUGUAGAGGAUACGACGCAAGACUCGUCGUUGUCGCAGGGCUCGACCGCGGAGGUCCGUAGGCGGCGCCCUGGGCUGUGGCUUAAGAGAGACGUGAUCGAGGAGGCACGAUGGAAGAUCUGGAGUGUCCAAGUCGGGGAGAUAAACGUAUCGCGCAAGUGA